CCCUUUACCACUGUAGGCCUAGAUGUAUUUGGGCCAUGGACUAUUGUGACGCGUCGUACAAGAGGUGGUUGUUCCCAGAACAAACGUUGGGCUGUGUUAUUCACAUGCAUGUCAACUAGGGCUGUGCAUAUCGAACUGAUAGAGACUAUGUCUGCUGAUAGUUUUAUCAAUGCAUUAAGAAGGCUCUUCUCUAUUCGGGGCCCGGCCAAGUUUCUGCGCUCGGACAGAGGCACGAAUUUUGUGGGCGCUUGUAAGGAAUUAGACCUAAACUCAGGAAACAAAGCAGUAGGAAAGUACCUGCAAGAGAGAGGGUGCGUUUGGACUUUCAAUCCCCCUCAUGCGUCUCAUAUGGGAGGCUCGUGGGAGCGCCUUAUAGGCGUUGCCAGGCGCAUUCUGGAUGCAAUGUUGUUACGAACUGAACAAACACGUCUUACUCAUGAAGUGUUGUGCACCUUCAUGGCCGAGGUGAUGGCAAUUAUUAAUGCAAGGCCUCUUGUCCCCAUAUCCACCGACCCUGACAGUCCUGCAGUACUCACUCCAGCAGUGCUACUAACGCAGAAGAUGAGUGCUGUGUCCGCCCCACUUGGGAACUUCUCAUCAGGGCAGCUGUUUGGGAAACAAUGGAAACAUGUUCAACUCCUCGCUGACACUUUUUGGAAAAGGUGGAAGGGAGAGUAUUUAUCCACCUUACAAGGUCGUGCAAAAUGGACAGAGACUAGACCUAAUGUCAAAAUAGGAGAUGUGGUCCUGCUAAAGGACCCCCAAGCCAGCAGGAACGAAUGGCCCAUGGGACUAAUAGUAAAAACAUUCCCCAGCAGCGACAAGAAGGUCCGAAAAGUGGAAGUGCGGACUGUAAAAGAUGGGACUGUUAAAAUGUUUCUCAGACCAGUUUCAGAGAUUGUUGUUUUGCUUGCAGAGACUGAAUGAAUAUUCUUCAAUGCUAGAUGAUGUUUGAAUAUGUUGUAUUGAUGUUUAUUGUGAUAUAAUGUGUGUAUAUCAAGCGGGGAGUGUUAUGCCCUUGAGUCAAAAGUCAGCGGUUGGUGUGUGUGCUGAUUGAGCUACAUAAGCAGAGUGAUAAAUAAGCUCAGAGUGAGACAUCAUUUCCACAAGAGAUCUUUGUAUCCUAUGUGCGGAAAUGGAGCGAGGGAGCGCUCUGUUCACUAACCUAUCUUUGAUGUACCCUUUCGUUUAUGAUGUCGUGAAAAAGUGCUCCGGCAGUUAUUAAAUAGGGACUAGUUCAUGUUCACGCUAAGAGUGCUCUACACGUUCGCACCUCGGAAAAUGUUCGUCUUUGUGAGUAUUGACAUGUGUAGAGACAGUCGUUAUGUGUGUUUACAUGGAGCGAACUGUAUGCUGAUGUAAUGUACAUGUUAAGCU